AUGAGCCAGGAAUCGACUACACCAGUGUCCAGCACGUCUCGUUUAGUCGACGUGUCUUUUCUCACCGACGUUAUCGCAUCGUCAUCAAAAUUACCACUCGAAGAAUUGACAAAAGAGAGGUCUCAAGCAUACCUUUCCAACUUGACAACAUUUUCUUUACAAGACUUGCUGGCGGAACCUGCUAUUCUUCAAACACAGUCACAUCAUCUUACAUCAAGUUUAACGUCUCUUACGCAUACCUCUUACCCCACAUUCUUGUCAUUACACCAAACCACCAACGCAUUAACUGCAUCUCUCACAACCCUUUCGUCGUCUCUCGACUCCCUUUUGACCUCAAGCCUACCGGCCUUGGAAGAAUGUGCAGCAGGAUGGAAAGAACGAACAGACACAAUAUUGAAGGAGCGGAGCAAGGCUCGCAUUGUGUUGGAACAGCACGAAAAGAUACGGGACCUAUUGGAGAUUCCAAUUCUCAUCGAUACAUGCGUGCGGAAUGGUUAUUUUUCAGAGGCGCUCUCUCUUGUAUCACACGCCAAGUCGUUAGCGGCGAAUGCAGCGCUAUCAAACAAACCUCCUACUCUCAUACUAUCUUCUGUUCUUUCGGAGGUCCACCACUCCAUCAUGCAGAUGUUGCUAACAUUAUUGACAACAUUAUACGAACCAAAUCGUAAGCUUCCGGCUCUCUGGAAAGCGGUAAAUUUCUUGCGAAAAAUGGAUGUAUUUGGCCCAUCCUCCCCGUUUACCUCCGCAGUCUUGAAGACAGUUUCUGCCCAGUCAGACCGCGACAAAUUCAGUGAUUUUUUUGGAGAGGAUCUCAGCAGCGAGGAACAGAUCGCUCUAGCCUUCCUUGUAGGUCGAGAAUCCUGUUUAAAAUCGACUUUGGAGCCUUGCGGGAGUGAUGUUUUGCGUAUGACGAACCAUGGACAAUUGGACGACCGAGAAAAGGAAGACCUUGCAAGGUAUCUUAAGAAAUACAUUGAUCUCUGGAGAGAGGGUGUAUAUGAUGUCAUCACUCAGUAUUCGACCAUUUUCCUGGAAAAGUCAUCUACCACUUCAGUACCACAAUCACCUACGAAACCCGCCUCCGCGAAAACUACAUCGGAUUCUGUUCAGACAACCGACGCCAGUCAUAAUUGGAUACGACUACAUUCUCUAAUCACGACUUACGCUUCUCGUGCGCUUACGACGCACCUGUUGCCGUUGCUAUCCCCCAGUCUCCCUCUUUUAUCUCUCUCUUUGUUACCAUCCUUUCUUACUCAGCUGUCUUACUGCUCCACUGCUUUCGCGCGGGUAGGGCUAGACUUUCGAAGCAUCCUCUCCUGCCUUUUUUCUGACGCAGUGACUGAAGUCAUCAGUCAUGAAAUGAAAUCUGCAAGCGAUACUUUCGUUGCACGUUUUAAGGUACCCUCAGCCACAAGUCGAAUAGAUACCCAAAGAUCCAAUGGCGUAUUACUAAAGGCGAAGUGGGAAACACCCUCGAAGUGGUUAAUCAUAUCUGAUACUGCAGAGUUACCACCGGUCCCUGUUACACCGGCCACGGCCCUUACCACCACCUUUUCUCAAAGUCCCCCUCAUAUUCCACCCCAGAUGCUGGCAUCGUAUCCACCGCUCGCUGAACACACCAAUUCUCUUCUUGGGGUUUUAAACGGACUGCGACUACUUGCUCCUACAAAUAUCCUCCCAACCCUGAUUCGUAUCUUAGACGAUGACGUUCUGUGCAACGGAGGUCAAGCUCUGCUCGCAUACAUCAAAGCAUUUUGCAGAGAUGAGCCAUCGAUUGCAAAUGACAGCAAUUCAGAUGAUGGAGAAGAUGAAAACGAAAAGGAGAAGAGGGUGAUUAUGGCAUUCGGUCAGGUAUACUUUGGAGUUCUGAUACCGUUUGUGAGGCGAGCCUUGGUAGAAGGCGUCUAUGGAGUUAAGCUAGACUCCUCGUUUGAGGGCGGUGGUGAAUCACUACCGAAUGUGGUAAUGGACUGGGAAGACUUUGUAUUGGAAGAGAACGAAGAAGACAGCGGAGAUGAAUCAUAA